AUGGACGGUUAAUUAAUAAAAAACUUAUAAAUAACAAAAGUACUCGGUCAAGGUUAGACUUGUAUAGUAAAACUGGCUUAAAAUAAAUAAACUUAAUAAAAUUACGCAAUAAAAAUAUAUCAUAAAUUAACUAAUAAUGUUGAAAAAAGCUAAGAAAUUUUCGCUUUAAAAACACUCUAAAAUAAAAAUCCUCAUAUUAUUAACUUAUUAGAUUUUGAUGAAAAAUCUAUUCUUUUAGAAUAUAUGUAAUUUGGUGAACUUUUCGAUUUUGUUAGUAAAUAAAGAUUUCCAGAAAAAUAUGCUAAAUUUUUCUUUUUCAAAAUUGCUUCUACUUUGAAAUUUAUUCAUGAUAAUAAUUUUGUACACAGGGAUAUUAAACUCGAAAACAUACUCUUUGAUUAAAACUUAGAUUUAAAAAUUGCUGAUUUUGGAUUUUCCGCAAAAAUUAAAGACACUGAUGCAAAGUUUGAUAAAUAUAUGGGCACCUAAGGGUAUAUGGCACCCGAAAUAGAAAAGAAAACUCCCUAUUAAGGUCAAAAAGUAGAUAUAUUUGCUUCAGGAGUACUUCUUUUUUGCAUAGUUGUAGGCAUUCCUCCAUUUUUCAAGGCCACAGAAAAUGAUCCUUACUAUAAGUUUUUUUACUAAAAAAAAAUAAGUGAAUAUUGGGAUAUGAUUUAAUAAAAAUAUAAAAUAUAAGUCAGUGAAGAUUUCAAGAAUUUAUUCAAUAAAAUGGUUUGUGUUGAUCCUGAAAAUAGGAUUUCGAUAGAAAAUAUAUUAGAACAUGAAUGGUUUGAAAACCAAGCUUUUUGUGAAGAAAAUGAGGCUAAAAUUUUCCUAAAAAGCCUAAUUUUUUGA